AGCUAUCCUCUACUCACAUUAUUAGAGAAAUGCCAAUCGAAGAACUACCAGCUGCAGGAGAGACUUUCGGAGGUCCAGAGUCAACUAUGCGAAGUUAAUCUCAAAAACAAAGAAUUGCAGGCACAAAUAGCUCAAAAAGCUGCUCUAAUCACUCAGUUGAAGGACCAAACCUCUGAUCUUAAACAGACUUGUGAGCUCGGUAAGCUGAAGGAUCCUUUCAGCGAAGAGAUAGCAAAGUUGCGGGAAGUUGUGAAAAGUGGAAGUGGAACUGAACCCAAUAAUGCAGAAAAGAAUACGACGAUUGUGGAAAGUGAAGAAUUGGCAAAAAAUGAAGCUACGAAUACUACUCAGUCGAACUCAACUCAAGUUGAUCUUCCAGAUCGGUGUCCAUCAACACAAGAUGAAACCUAUGUCUACCUAGAAAUCCAUUUCCCAGGAUUGGAACCUUUUCAAGCGGCUUGCUACUCAAAUGAUAUGAUUGGAUCUGGAUGGAUGGAGGUUUUUUAUAAAUUCUAUCAAUCAACGGAAUUGAAUCAAACAUAUGAUCAGUAUAUAAACGGAGUUAGAGAUGUGAGGCAGGAACACUUCAUUGGACUUGAAAAAUUACACAUUUUAACGACCCAGAUCCCGCAUGAGGUGUAUAUGUCCUCUUCUUAUAGCAGAUUCUAUAAAGUAAAAUGCGAGAGCUUCGUUGUGGGCGGCAGGAGUGAAGGUUACAGCCUGAAACGGCUUCACGGAUGUAAUACAGAUACCGAGUCCUUACAGCUCACCCAGGGAACAAAGUUCUCGACAUUCGAUCGCGAUCAAGAUGGAAAUCCGGAUCACAACUGGGCACAAGAAUUGGGCUUUGGAUUCUGGUUUAGUUCUGAAAAGCCAAUUUUGGAUAGAUUUAAAAAUUUCAAUUUUUUUAUCCGAAGGAUUGAAGAUCUCCCAAGCAACCUCCUUCAGAAGUGGAAAUUUACAUAAUUUUAUGCAAUUUCAUAAAU